AUGCUGCCCCAUAUUAUUGCGCCAAACUUGAACCUGCCAGUACGGCCCUUGACUCAGGACGCCUUUGCUGAGUUUGGCACCGUCGUCGAGAAUCCAGUGAAUGCCACUGGGAGGUCUCAGCAACUCAAGGUCGUUCAAGCAAAUCAAGGCUCGGCUCUGAAGUACAUCGACGUUUCUCAUGUUUCCAACUUUUAUCAUCUGGCUCCCAGCGGGCGACCUGCGAGGGCUGUUAUGAACAUGUUCGUUUGUUCACCACGCCAACUGCAAUCCACAAGCAGCGGAUCAGAUAUUGCCAAGGGACGACCAUCCAAAUUUCCCGUGCAGAUUCUGGAACGACAUCCGUUCACUCCUCAAACUUUUGUGCCUCUUGGUCUUUCGGCCGUAGAUGCGACAACGGCUUACCUUGUUAUUGUCGCUCCUACAUGCAAAACGACGGACAGACCAUCACCCUAUCCCCAACAUGCCCCGAAACAACAACGGAGCUGGACCGAAAUUUUCUCCAGGGCUCAACCAACUUCACAAGACAACUCUGCUUCGUCGCCGUCGGGAUCUAGCCCUGAGCCCCAGCUUCCUAAAGGUCCGGGCGAGCCAGAUCUGAGCCGUGCUUGCGCGUUUCUUGCCGAUGGUUCGCAAGCUGUCACCUAUGGUCCUGGUACAUGGCACGCGCCAAUGGUUGUGCUUGGCGAGAAAGCUAUCGAUUUUGUCGUGAUUCAGUAUGCCAAUGACGUUGCUUUGGAAGACUGUCAAGAGAUGGAAAUCAGGACAGAAACCGGAUCAGAUGGGCUCAAUGUUGUCAUUGACAAGGCUCGACUCAAUCCCAAACUGCAAGAGAAGGCCAAACUAUGA